UCACCUUGCAGGAACAUGGCUGCUCGUAGGAUCUCGAAGUCCGCUGUUGACUGGGCCGCCUUCGCCGAACGCGUGCCUCCGAAUCAGAAGCACUGUUUCCAGGCCCUCAAGGCGAAGUCUGAUGGCUACCUUCGCAGGGUGCUGAGCAUGCCGGAGAACCCGCCUCCGAUCGACUUCGCCAUGUACCGGGCCAAGUUGGGGAACCCUGCCCUUGUUGAACAGUUCGAAAAGUCGUACAAGGCCCUCACCGUGCCUUACCCUAAGGAGCAUCUGACACCCAAGAUUGAGGCUGAGGAACAGAAUGCGAAACAAGAGCUGGCGAAUUUCAUCUCCGAGUCGAAUGACCGCAUUGCCGAGUACAAGAAAGAGUUGGCAAGGUACGAGGCCAUGAUUCCAGCGAUGCACAUGACCAUGGAGGACUUUGUGGAUUACUUCCCCGAGCUGAAGAUCGACGUCGACAACCCGACGUACUGGCCCCACGACGGCAGCACCGACUUUGACGACAGCUUGGACUACGCAGACCGCGGCGAAGACCACUAGGCAGUCCACUGUGCAUCUGGCAGUACGACAGAUGUGCGCAUCAUUUAGUGUGGUCUCGUCAGCUUGGCAACUAUAAGCCGAGCAUGUCGAAAAGAUCGAAGUAAAGAAGGUUUAUGUUAGCAG